AUGGGAGUGAAACCAACUCCUGCCUCAGAGCAGCAGCUGCGCCGAGGGUUUCUCUGGCCAGCGUGGCUGCCGUCCUUCUACGACGUGGGGAAUAUCUUUGCAAACCUCUUCAAGGGCCUUUUUGGCAAAAAAGAAAUGCGCAUUCUCACGGUGGGCCUAGAUGCUGCGGGAAAGACCACCAUCCUGUACAGACUGAAGCUGGGUGAAAUCGUGACCACCAUUCCCACUACAGGCUUCAACGUGGAGAGAGUGGAAUGCAACAGCAUCAGCUUCACUGUGUGGGACGUCGGCGGCCAGGACAAGAUCUGGCCUCUGUGGCACCACUACUUCCAGAACACACAAGGUCUCAUCUUUGUGGUUGACAGCAAUGACAGAGAGCGUGUGAAUGAGGUCCGAGAGGAGCUAAGGAAGAUGCUGGCAGAAGACGAGCUCUGGGACACCGUUCUGCUCGUGUUUGCUAACCAACAGGACCUCCCCGAUGCCAUGAAUGCAGCUGAGAUCACCGACAAGCUGGGUCUACACUCUCUGCACCACAGGAACUGGGACAUUAAGGCCACCUGUGCCAGCAGCAGGGACGGGCUCUAUGAGGGACCGGACUGGCUGUCCAAUCAGCUCUGGAACCAGAAGUGA